UGGCGUGUCCAACAAUUUCAACUUUUUUUUUAACAUAAAUUUCUUCUCUCAAGAACUACGGCAAGUCAGCCAGCUUUCUGGGUAAGAAUAAAUCUACAAGGCUAUAGAAUCCAAGAUAUAUAUAGCUGUGGCCGUGAAAGAAAGCUAACAAGUUGCGAGAUUAAUGGAGAAUGCCGGGCAGCCGCCGGGGACGGCCCGAGCGAACCUGGUACAAAAGACAGCGGUGUUGUGUGGGCGUGGCCCGAAACUGGAAAGGAAAUAUGUGGAGAAGAACAGGAGGAAUCAGUUGAAGGGGCUGUACAACCACCUCUUCUCCCUUGUCCCGUCGUCCCAGGAAACGCUGCCAUUGCCAGAUCAAGUAGACGUUACAAUCAAUUACAUAAAGACGCUGAAAGAGAAGUUGGAGAAGAUGAAGCAUCAAAGAGAAGAGCUGACGAAGGUGCAAAUGAGCAGAAAAAUGAACAGUUCUGCGUCGUCGUCAAGUCAUCAUAGUCUUCAUGUGGAGCCUCAUCCUCAGAUUCAAAUUCACGAGAUGGGUCCUGCCAUGGCGGUCGUUUUCAUCACUGGGCUCGACAACGUUGCCACGUUCAACAACGUUAUUCGAGUGGUCCGAGGAGAAGAAGGUGUUGAAGUUGCCAGCGCCAAUUUUCAACUCCACGGUAACUCAACGUUGCAGAUUGUUGUCGGUGAACCGGUUGGGAAAUGGGCAGUGAGUAACGGAGCAAUAACGUCAGUGUCAAAGAAACUAAAAGAAAUGAUAAGUGGGACGGCCAGCACCGAAACGGAGUCAUCAUCACGACUAGAGUUAUGGGAUUAUGAUAUUGAAAAUGAAGAAAUACUAAUUUUGAGUGAUGAGAGAAACCUAUAAGCUAUAGCUACUA